GUAUUUUAAAAGCAAUAAAGAAAAAUUUGAGUCUCAAAAAUGUUGAAUUUUAUUUUCAGAGAAGAGAAAAAUAACACAUGCGCUCCUGCAAAGUAAAUAUAUAUACAUUGUUUUGUGUUUCGUUAUGGUUUAUAAACGUAAAAAGUACCACGAUGGUGAUACACAUUUAAAAAAGCGUUGGAGAACUAAACGAAGGCAAAAAGAUCUUGACGAGAUUGACAAUGAUUUAAAGGAAAAGAACGCAGAAAAGCUUUUGAAUCAAGAAGUCGACUUAGAUAAACCCGGUUGCGCCCAAUAUUACUGCUUACACUGCGCGAGAUAUUUUAUAAAUCAACGUGCACUAGAAGAUCAUUUUAACACAAAAGUUCACAAACGACGACUAAAAGCUCUUGAAUUAGAACCAUAUUCAAUUGAAGAUUCCGAACGUGCAGCAGGACAAGGAAACUUUAUUGCACCUAAGAAAAGAAAAAUUGAAACACAAAAAUCAAAAAAUUCCCUUGAUGAUGAUGGUGAUACUGAAAUGAAAACAAAAGUUGCCAAAAUAGAUAAUUAGAAGAAAUCACUGUUAGUCAAUUAAAAAAAAAAAAGAAAUAUGUUUUUUCUUAAGAAUUCCGUCUCAUUUGUCUGCAAAUCAACAAGAUUUUUAAACAUACAAUCAUCUAGAAAUUGUAGUUCUUCACUUUUCAUUUCCGGUAAUAAAGCUUCCGUAACAUUUUCCUACGUUUCUCCGCAUCUUGAUUUUGACAGUAGAUUUAAUGACAUAGAAAAA